UUAUAUUAGUGCAGAACACUGUACCUUUAAUUUAAAUGCCCUUGGAGUCUGCUGGGGAAGAGAAAUAAUACCGUCAGUCAGUAUGACAUGCAGAUGAGUGCCGUCGAUCUUAGAAUCACCGCACACUUCACUCAUUUGGCCAGUCACGGGGCCAAAACCAGAGUGUGGAGCCACAGUGUGGCGGUGGAGGCAGCAGCAAUGGGAGGCCAUACAGCACCCUAUGACAAAAUGGAACCCACCAGCAGUGUGAGGAGACCUGAAAGUGGCACAUGGCAGAGUGUGGCGAUGGAGACAGCAGCAAUGGGAGGCCGUACAGGGACCCAUGACACACUCUGGACCUGGCAGCAGCAUGAGGAGGCGGUACAGGGGCCCAUGACAGAUUACGGGCCUGGCAGCAGCAUGAGGAGUCGGUACGGGGGCCCAUGACAGAUUACGGGCCUGGCAGCAGCAUGAGGAGUCGGUACGGGGGCCCAUGGCAGAUUACGGGCCUGGCAGCAGCAUGAGGAGGCGGUACAGGGGCCCAUGGCAGAGUGUGGGGAUGGAGACAGCAGCAAUGGGAGGCCGUACAGGGACCCAUGACACACUCUGGACCUGGCAGCAGCAAGAGGAGGCGGUACAGGGGCCCAU